AUGCCUAGCUUCAGCAAGACCGUCUUCCUUUCCAUCGCGGCCGCUGCCGUCGUCACCGCCGCUCCCCUCUCGCCUCGCAGCCCUGGCAUGGUCACGGAGAGCAAUGUCGCCGUCGUCGAAGCCCGCUCGACCCCAAUGGAGGCAAACGGCGUCCACCAAUUUAACAAGCGGUUCCUGGGCAUGGGUAAGGCGUCCGAUGCCUUGGCCAAGGUGAACGACAAGGCCGAGGACGCUCAAGACGCAGUCAAGGACGGUGCUAAAAAGGCCGGAGACGCCGUCGUUGGGGGUGCAGCGGCCGUCGGAGGCGCCGUUGUCGGGGGUGCACAGGCCGUAGGUGACGGUGUUAAAGCGGUUGGACAUGGUAUUGCAAACGAGGCCAGUAACGCCGGCAACGCGGUCAAGACCGGCGCCGAAGCAUUCGUCAACGGAUCACCUGCCAUCCAGGCGACCAAGGACGCCGGGGAAGCGGCAAAGAACAGUGCCCUCCAUGGUGUGUCGAAUGCGGCGGGAGCGGUAGCGGGAGCGGCCGACUCCCUUGCCUCCAAGGCUGAUGGUGCAGCUCAGUAA